AGGAUGACCAGAAAAGUCGCAUUGGAAAGGGCAGGAAGGACAGUUUUGCUUUUCCUCUCCAGCCCCGGGCAGCACGGCGCGGAGACGUUCCUUCCCCUGGGGAGAAAGGGAAGGACGUGAGCCCCGGACUUGCAUCUUGAGUUAGUGGAGCAAGUUUUCACUUCUGCGGUGAAGAAAAGGGAGAGACUCCAAUUUUGAGUUCUUUUCUGUUUUUUAUUGGGUGUCCAGAGAAAAUAAUUUGACCUUGAUGUUUUGUGAGCAGCCAGUGUGUUGGACAUUCGCAAUCACUAAAAUUGUUUGGGUUUUGUUCAUUUUGCAAAAAUUGUUCUCCAGGCAGCUGUGGCGAAGCUACUGCGUAUCCAAAUCGGCGGCAUCAGAAGAGCUCAUUCCAACCCCAAUUCCACCACCUUUGAGCUGUGUGACACUGAGGGGUCUCUUUCUUGUUCUCUCGGAGUCUCCUUUCCUCAUUUGAAAAAAAAAAAUUAUAAUCUCUGCCUUCAGGUGCUUUACAGGGUGUUUUAAUGUUGGGCAGAGUCCAUUCAGAAGGAAAUUAAGGUGCAUGUAGCUGAUUGGUCACUGUAUCAAAGAGGCACAUAUUGAAUCGGCAGGGAGUGUAAUAAGAGCUUUGCAUUGCAAGCUUGCAGUUGUGCUAAGAAGAGAGGAUUUCAAUGGCUCUAGUUGUGGCUCUGGUCAUUGGUCUCUCCUGCCUGCUUCUCCUCUCAGUCUGGAGACAGAGAUCAGGGAGGGGGAAUCUCCCACCUGGUCCCACUCCUCUCCCAAUUAUUGGAAAUAUCCUGCAGAUAGAUGUUAAGGACAUCAGCAAAUCCUUAACCAAUUUGUCAAAAGUCUAUGGCCCUGUGUUCACUCUGUAUUUGGGCUGGAAGCCUUCUGUGGUGUUGCAUGGAUAUGAUGCAGUGAAGGAAGCCCUGGUUGAUCUAGGAGAGGAGUUUUCUGGAAGAGGCAGUUUCCCAGUCUCUGAAAAAGUUAACCGAGGCCUUGGAAUCCUCUUCAGCAAUGGAAAGAGAUGGAAGGAACUUCGUCGCUUCUCUCUGGUGACCCUGCGGAAUUUUGGGAUGGGGAAGAGGAGCAUUGAGGAUCGUGUUCAAGAGGAAGCCCGCUGCCUUGUGGAGGAGUUGAGGAAGACCAAUGGCUCACCCUGUGAUCCCACCUUUAUCCUGGGUUGUGCUCCCUGCAAUGUGAUCUGCUCCAUUAUUUUCCAGAAACGUUUUGAUUAUAAAGAUCAACAUUUUCUUAACUUGAUGGAAAAAUUCAAUGAAAACCUCAGACUUAUGAGCUCCCCAUGGAUCCAGGUCUACAAUACUUUCCCUGCUCUCAUUGAUUAUCUCCCAGGGAGUCAUAACAAAAUUAUUAAAAAUUUUGCUUAUGUAAAAAGUUAUGUUUUGGAGAAAGUAAAAGAGCACCAAGAAUCUCUGGAUGUCAACAAUCCUCGGGACUUCAUUGAUUGCUUCCUGAUCAAAAUGGAGCAGGAAAAGGACAAUCAACAGUCUGAAUUUACCAUUGAAAACUUGUUAACAACUGUAACUGAUGUGUUUGGAGCAGGAACAGAGACAACAAGCACCACUAUGAGAUAUGGACUUCUGCUCCUGCUGAAGCAUACAGAGAUUACAGCUAAAGUCCAGGAAGAGAUUGACCAUGUGAUUGGCAGACACCGCAGCCCCUGCAUGCAGGACAGGAGCCGCAUGCCCUACACAGAUGCUGUGUUACAUGAGAUCCAGAGAUACAUUGAUCUGGUCCCCACCAAUCUGCCCCAUGCAGUGACCUGUGAUGUUAAAUUUAGAAACUACUUCAUCCCCAAGGGAACAACAGUAAUAACAUCGCUGACUUCCGUGCUUCAUGACAAUAAGGAAUUCCCUAAUCCGGAGGUGUUCGACCCUGGUCACUUUCUGGAUGACAGUGGCAACUUUAGGAAAAGUGACUACUUCCUGCCUUUCUCAACAGGAAAACGCAUGUGUGUGGGAGAGGGCCUGGCCCGCAUGGAGCUGUUUUUGUUCCUGACCACCAUCUUACAGAAUUUUAAGCUGAAACCUGUGGUUGAUCCCAAAGACAUCUACACCACCCCCAUUGCCAAUGCGUUUGGCCGGGUGCCACCUUUGUACCAGCUCUGCUUCAUUCCUGCCUGAAGAAGGGCUACUGGCUGCUGCUGUGCCGUCACCUGCCGCUUCUCCUCCUCGGCGGCCUCGUCCAAGGCCCUCUCACUCUCAGGGAUACCCUCUCUCACCUGCCUCUCACAAUCCCAUCCCCUCCCAACCCAGUGCAACCUUCGUUAAGGAGAGGGUCCGGGAUCACUUUAUAGAUAUAUUUGCUAUUCCUUGUACUCUGUAACUCUUGCCUCCACCAACACAGGUGCUAACACUUACCUAAAGCUGAGUCACUAAAAUGUCAUCAUAGUAAAACUGCACAACACUUAGUCUAUGAUGACUCAGAGCCAUGUAUUCCCUGCAUGUUCUGAACAAAAAUACUGUCAUUGCUGGGUCAGUUCUCAGAAAUUUGUUUUUGUGCAUAAUGCAGAAUGAAAAAAAAAAAGAUUAAAACUACAAUGAGAUACCACCUUGCACUCAU